AUGUUUGCGAAGGCCAUAGUUGCAUGUGCGCUGCUGGUGGUGGCGCAAGGAGGUUUGAUAGCUUCCCCUCAUGGCGCCAUCUCAUCUCAAAGCAUUGUCUUGGGCCACCCAGCACCAGCUGUAGCUGCUGCACCAGCUUAUGGAUAUGGUGGUCUUGGCUAUGGACUAGGUCACGGAGCCGUGGUUGCGCACGCACCGAUUGUCCAUGCACCUUUGGCCCACGCCGUUGCCCCUGUUGAAGUAUAUGCCCACCCCCGCUACCAAUUCAAUUACGGUGUAGCCGACGGCCACACUGGUGACCAAAAGAGCCAAUGGGAAUCACGGGAUGGAGACGUGGUCAAGGGUCAGUACCAGCUAGUGGAACCUGAUGGUACCAUCCGCACUGUCAACUACUCCGCUGAUGACCACAAUGGAUUCAACGCGGUGGUGAGCAGACAAGGACACGCAGCGCAUCCUGGACCUGCAGUCGCUGUAGCGCACGCUCCCCUCGCAUAUGCCGGUCAUGGCGGUCUUCUUCAUGGAUAG